AUGGAGGGAACGGGAGGUGGCCGUUCCGCUCCGCUGCCCCGCUCCAACCCCGUCCCGCUCCGCUGCCCCGCUCCAACCCCGUCCCGCCUCACCCCGUCCCGCUCUGCUGCCCCGCUCCAACCCCGUCCCGCCUCAACCCCGUCCCGCCUCAACCCCGUCCCGCUCUGCUGCCCCGCUCCAACCCCGUCCCGCCUCACCCCAUCCCACCGCACCCCCGUCCCGCUCUGCUGUCCCGCUGCAGCUCCGUCCCACUUCACCACCGUCCCACUUCACCACCGUCCCGCUCCAACCCCGUCCCGCUCUGCUGUCCCGCUGCAGCUCCGUCACACCGUCCUGCUCCAACCCCCUCCCACCGCACCCCCGUCCCACUCUGCUGUCCUGCUGCAGCUCCGUCCCACCGCACCCCCGUCCCACUCUGCUGUCCUGCUGCAGCUCCGUCCCACCUCACCCCCAUCCCACUCUGCUGUCCUGCUGCAGCUCCGUCCCACCGCACCCUUGUCCCACCGUCCCGCUCCAACCCCGUCCCGCCUCACCCCUGUCCCACCCUGCUGUCCCGCCGCAGCUCCGUCCCGCCGCACCCCCGUCCCGCUCCAACUCCGUCCCACCGUCCCGCCUCCAUUAGAUCGAAGCCUUUUCACCAAUUCAGCGCCUACCCAGACCAGCCUCACCGACUAA